UACUUUUCACUCUGUUCUUCUCCUAUCCUCAUUGCCACUUUGCUCAAGCUCUGAUGUUCUGCUGUAGAGCAUAACGAAAAAAUGAGCCGUAAACCAUUCACUUCAGGUCCUCCUAAAUGCAAUAGGGAUAUGGUGGAGCGAGCUGAUGGUACCAUUGACCUAAAGAUUAAUUAUUCCUCAAGUAUGACUCCAAAAGACAAAAAAAGGGAAACUAUCAGCAUAUGGGUGCGGGACCCUAAAAUGCAGAAAGAAGAUUGGCACUCUUAUUUGGACUAUGAAAUCUGUCUCCAUACAAACAGCAUGUGUUUCACAUUAAAAACCUCAUGUGUCCGCCGUCGAUUUCGUGAGUUUGUUUGGCUUCGUCAAAAACUUCAAAGCAAUGCAAUAUUAAUUAAGCUACCAGAACUUCCGCCCAAAAUCCCAUUUUUUAACUUCAGCAAUCCGGAGACUGUUGAGCAACGCAUUUGUGGUUUACAAAAUUUCCUAACAAAGGUUGUGCAGUGCCCAGUUUUGCUUUCGGACAGCCGUCUCCACUUAUUUUUACAAAGCCAACUGAGUCUAGAAGAAAUUGAAGCCUGUGCAUUAGGACAGACAAAGUAUUCGGUUUUUGAAGCUAUUCACAAGUUUGCCACCUCCAAUCGGCGGUUUCCUGUGGAAGAGGAAGAAGAGAAAACAAAUCAUUACUCAGGAUCUGAAAGUUCAUCCUCCAGAUUUGGACAUAAAAGUGACAGCAAAAUCGUACAUGGAUGUAGACCAAGCAAAGCUCAUGAAGAAGAGUGGACUACAGUUCUAGCUCCAUCACCCCCAAAAUAGAUCCAUGAACCUACAUUUAGAGGAACUAUAAAUCAAGUGCAAUUAUUGUAUUCUAUAUACAUAUAUAUUGUAUUUUUCCAGUGGAAAAUAAGAGUUGUUCAUUUUUGAAUAGUGUAUCCUUGUAUAAAUCUGGUAAAUAUAAAAAAUGUGCUCAAGAGGGAAGCAGAUAAACUCCACUUCCACACAAAAUCAUUUGAGCCUGCUGAGUGUCCAUUUCCACAUUAUAUAAUAGAAAAGCAAGAUUGUAAUUUAUAUUUAUUUCUUUUUGUUCUUUUAAAAACCGGGUUAUAUGCCUCAUAAAAUCUAAACCUAAAAGAAGAUACCAGUACAAAAUGAGAUGUAUUCAUUUAUUGUUAAAAGUAUAAAUAUAGAAUACUAUGUCUGUGUAUUUAUAUUUCAUUGGAAAAUCACCAUAUAUAUGUGAACAGAACCUUUUUUUAAAAAAAAAAAUAUAUAUAUAUAUAUAUAUAUAUAAUAUUUACCUUAACUGUGAAAUAAUUUUACAUGCUACAUAAACUAUAACUUUCCCCAACCCUAUAAAAAGCUUACAAUGAUGUGUACAUAUUGGAUAAAACUAGGGAUCAAAAUGCAUUACUGCAGACAUAAUACAGACAUCUUAUACUCCAAAUGAGCUUCACAUUGUGUACAUAAAAAAAAUAAACCAAGCACAUUAAAUGUUGCCAAAUUGUAUUAUUUCUUGUAUUAUAAAGGGUAUAAAUCUGCUUAUUGUUACUCUGGAAAUUCCCUCAUUCCUGUGUUUUUUCUUUAAAAUGCUGUUCUCUCACUGCUGGCCUAAAAAGAAAAUAUCAUUCUUAUUGGGUGCAAAUUUAUGGUCACAUUUGAGUGACACAAUUACUCAUUGUUUACUACACUGGAAAUUGUUCUGUUAUUAUUAUUAUUAUUAUUAUUAUUCUGUUUGAAAUUAAAAUCCAAAACGUUUCUCUUGUUCAAUAGCUAUCCAUUUUAUUAAACACUGCUUUAUAUAUACUAGGACAUGCUGGCUGCAUGAUAAAUUGUAAGACAUUGCAAACAUUUCUGGGAUUCACAUUGCUUUUUAAUACUGCUAAUAAAAAUAGUUUCAUUAUAUUUAGUGUUACAAAUGCAUAACUUCUACAACUUUGUACCAUUUGUUUCCCAUGUCUGUUUGUUACAAUAUGUUAGUGCUUGCACUGUUUAUUAUUUUUUUAAUUUUUAGUGUGUUUAAAUAAAGGCAUAAUAUAUAA